AUGAAAAUAGCCAUAGAAGGUUGCGCUCAUGGUGAGCUGGAAAAGAUAUACGAUCUGAUCGAAUCCAUACAGCAGGAGCAAAACAUUACGGUUGAUCUGUUAAUAUGCUGUGGCGAUUUUCAAUCAACGCGCAACUUACAGGAUUUGCAGUGUAUGGCUGUGCCGCAGAAACAUUUGGAUAUGUGUAGUUUCUACAAGUACUACAGCGGCGAAAAGAAAGCCCCUAUCUUAACGAUCUUUAUCGGAGGCAACCAUGAAGCGUCCAACUAUCUGCAGGAGUUACCCUACGGUGGAUGGGUAGCGCCAAACAUUUUCUACCUUGGCUAUGCGGGCGUUGUCGAUUGCAACGGCGUUCGAAUCGGUGGCAUUUCAGGCAUCUACAAGGGGCACGACUUUCUGAAGGGUCGUUUUGAAUUUCCACCCUACGAUGAGGCGAGCAAGCGAAGUGUUUACCAUCAGCGUCAGAUCGACGUGUUUCGUUUGAAACAAUUAUCGCCGACGGUCGAUGUGAUGCUAUCGCAUGAUUGGCCCCGUGCCAUCACCAACCACGGUAACGAGGCGCAACUGCUGCGCUUUAAGCCAGCGUUCCGGGAGGACAUUGAGACUAACAGGCUGGGCAGUGCACCGUGCGAAGAUUUGCUACAGAAGCUACAACCACCGUACUGGUUUGCGGCCCAUUUGCACUGCAAAUUUGCAGCCCUGGUACCACAUUCCAAGGAGAAAUCGACGAAAUUUUUAGCCCUGGACAAAUGUCUUCCGAAAAGACGGUUUUUGCAGAUUCUGGACGUUGCUACGAAGUUGGACGGCAACAGGGUGAAAGAUGGCAAUGUGUCACCCAUACGGUUGAAGUAUGAUCUCGAAUGGUUGACAAUAUUGAACCUUACGAACCAUCUAAUAAGCAUCCGGAGCUCGAACGGUUACAUGCCCGGUGAGGGAACCGAGGAGCGAUUUAACUUCACACCUUCCGAGGAGGAAAAGGCGAAAGUGUUGGAACGGUUCGACAAUGAUCUCACUAUUCCGGAUAAUUUUGUUCGCAUAGCCGAAUCAUAUCAACCGGACGAAAAGGGUACGAUGGAUAUGCGAUCGGUUGAGCAACCGCGAGCGUUUUUAAACCCCCAGACAACUUUCUUUUGUGACAAGCUAAACAUUGAUGAUCCGCUACGGCUUGCAAUGCUCAUGACGGGCCACAAGCUUAAUACGUCCACUUAUGUCGAUCCACAAGCAGAACAAGAAGGAACCACUAAGGAAUCGUCAAGACUUUCUAAUGCAGAUGAACUUGAUGUCGGCGAUGAUGAAGAUGAGGAGCAAGAGAAAGAUCGAAAGCAAGAAUCGGGAGAUGCACAAAAUACGUCUGAACAUCCCCAGACACCAGUACAAGCGAAACUAUCGCUUUCUUCUCUUUUGCCACAACCGAAAUGGAGACAACAGGAUUCACACGAUUCUGACCUUUCGACAACGUUUAACGAUUCCACACCGAACUGCAGUGCCACAAGCAAUCCAACUCCACAGAAAAUGGCCGACGAUAGUACAUGCAUCCUUUCGGAAUCCGGUCUCGCAGUGGACGAUCUUAAUUUGUCCAGCCCACGAACACUAACGGAAACGGAAGCUAACGAACAGGAAAAUCCACCCGUCAAGAAGUUCAAACGGAGAAAUCAAACGAUCUACACAAAGGACGAGAGCGAUUGA